AUGGGCAAGUUCAGUAGUGUCAGAAGCAGCAGCAAAAAGAAAGGUGGAAGUGGCAUUGUUAAGUUCAAGUUUGUGGUUGAAAAGCUCCAAAAGAGGCUCUUACUUGGGAGAAACAAAGAGGGUUGUGACUCAACCUAUGUGCCAGAAGAUGUGAAGGAAGGACACUUUGCUGUGAUUGCUGAGGGUGGAGAGGAACCGAAGAGAUUCGUGUUGCCACUAAGCUGUUUAAACAACCCAACAUUUUUGAAGCUAUUGGAGGAAGCAGCAGAAGAGUAUGGUUUUGAUCAUGAAGGUGCACUAACCAUUCCUUGCAGGCCUAGUGAGCUUGAGAGGAUAUUGGCGCAACAAUGGCAUGGACAGAGAACUGAAACUACUGGAUUAAGGUGGACUUGUAAUAAAACCAUGGUUUUUUAA